AUGCUUAACAAACAACUACACUGAUGUUUAAGUGAAUUACAGCUAGAUCUAGGUACCAAUUUAUGAUCAAAGAAAUAUUUAUAGAGACAAAGUCAAGUGACAUGAGGAUGAGGUUGCAUGUCAAUGUGUUAUGCACCAGGAGGCCCAUUCACUCUGACUUCAGCACCCCAAUAGAAAGAAAAUUAUAUGGAGAGCUCCCUGAUUUAAAAACCACUGUGUAGUUCAUUUACAAAGAAUUAAUUGAAUUUGUUCUAAAUCAAAAGAAAGGAAAAAGUAAAUUACCCAAUUCAAGAAUAUUUGUUAAUAAAGUCAUAAGAAGAAGAAGACAUCAAAAUGUCACUGAUGGCUGAUUUAGAGCAUGAAUCCAAUCUUGACCUGUGCAAUGUAAUAAAACAUGAGAAGAAAGAAAGUCUGAAUGAAAUAUGUUUGAUAACACAGUCAUGUGAACUACAAGACGUGAACUUGUCAAAUGUAAAAAUUGAAAAGACUGAAGAAGAUGAAGUAUCUUCUUCUAUGCAGCCAUUUGAAAACAAUUGCCAUGAUCAAACUUGUAAUGUAAUCCCUGGACAUCAGGCAAAUGUUCUAAAGCAGGAGAUAAAAAUGUCUUGUACUACUGAAAGUGAUAAACCAUUGUCCUUAGCAUCAAGGCUGCUGGCUAUGUCAAAGAAAGCAGACAGAAACUUUUAUCCAGUGCCCAUCAUUUUGCCAAACUUAAAACUGACUGGACACAUACCUCUCCUAGAACUGCCAUUGAGCGAGAUAAAAAUCCUAAAUCAAGAAAAAGAAAUGACUUCAACAAAUGUAUUCCUAAAGGACAUCCAUGAUCAUAUGGAACCAAGCCUUUCCAAUGAAAUUGUUUCAGAUAAAAUCAAGAAUUCUAUUUGCACUGAUAAUCAUCAGAUAAAUAAACUUUUCACUUGCCAAAUGUGUCAAAAAGAUUUUUCUAGCUCUAAAAUAUUACAAAAUCAUGAGUUGAUUCAUGCUGGUGAAAAAACAUUUAAAUGUCAAAUAUGUCAGAAAGAUUUUUCUUCGUCUAGUUAUUUGAAACAACACCAACUGAUUCAUACUGGUGAACAACCAUAUAAAUGUGACACAUGUGGAAAAAAAUUAUUUCAUUUUUCAUCUUUGAAACAACACCUACUAGUUCAUACUGGCGAAAAACCAUUUAAAUGUCAAAUAUGUCAGAGAGGAUUUUCUACCUCUACUUAUUUGAAACAACACCAACUGACUCAUACUAAUGAAAAACCAUUUAAAUGUCAAAUAUGUCAGAAAGGAUUUUCUUACUCUACUCAUUUGAAACAACACCAACUGGUUCAUUCUCUUGAAAAAACAUUUAAAUGUCAAAUAUGUCAGAAAGGAUUUUCUAGGUCUAGUUAUUUGAAACAACACCAACUGAUUCAUACUGGUGAACAACCAUUUAAAUGUCAAAUAUGUCAGAAAGGGUUUUCUAGGUCUAGUUAUUUGAAACAACACCAACUGAUUCAUACUGGUGAAAAAACAUUUAAAUGUCAAAUAUGUCAGAAAGGUUUCUCUUCGUCUAGUUAUUUUAAACAACACCAACUGAUUCAUGCUGGUAAAAAGCCAUUUAAAUGUCCAAUAUGUCAGAAAGUUCUUUUUUCAUCUAGUUAUUUGAAACAACACAUACUGAUUCAUACUGGUGAACAACCAUAUAGAUGUGACACAUGUGGAAAAAAAUUAUUUAAUUUUUCAUCUUUGAAACAACACCUACUAGUUCAUACUGGCGAAAAACCAUUUAAAUGUCAAAUAUGUCAGAGAGGAUUUUCUACCUCUACUCAUUUGAAACAGCACCAACUGACUCAUACUGGUGAAAAACCAUUUAAAUGUCCAAUAUGUCAGAAAGGAUUGUCUACCUCUACUCAUUUGAAACAACACCAACUGACUCAUACUAAUGAAAAACCAUUUAAAUGUCAAAUAUGUCAGAAAGGAUUUUCUAACUCUACUUAUUUGAAACAACACCAACUGACUCAUACUAAUGAAAAACCAUUUAAAUGUCAAAUAUGUCAGAAAGGAUUUUCUUACUCUACUCAUUUGAAACAACACCAACUGGUUCAUUCUCUUGAAAAAACAUUUAAAUGUCAAAUAUGUCAGAAAGGAUUUUCUAGGUCUAGUUAUUUGAAACAACACCAACUGAUUCAUGCUGAUAAAAAACCAUUUAAAUGUCAAAUAUGUCAGAAAGGUUUUUCUUCAUCUAGUUAUUUGAAACAACACCGACUGAUUCAUACUGGUGAACAACCAUUUAAAUGUGACACAUGUGGAAAAGGAUUAUCCAAUUCUUUAUCUUUGAAACAACACCAACUUAUUCAUACUGGUGAAAAACCAUUUAAAUGUCAAAUAUGUCAGAAAGGAUUUACUUUGUCUAGUUAUUUGAAAAAACACCAGCUGACUCAUACUGGUGAAAAACCAUUUAAAUGUCCAAUAUGUCAGAAAGGAUUUUCUUACGCUACUAGUUUGAAACAACACCAAUUUGUUCAUACUGGUGAAAAAACAUUUAAAUGUCAAAUAUGUCAGAAAGGAUUUUUUAACUCUACUUAUUUGAAACAACACCAACUAACUCAUACUGGUGAAAAACCAUUUCAAUGUCAAAUAUGUCUGAAAGGAUUUUCUACCUCUACUCAUUUGAAAGAACACCAACAUGUUCAUAGUGGUGAAAAAACAUUUAAAUGUCAAAUAUGUCAAAAAGGAUUUUCUUACUCUAGUAAUUUGAGACAGCACCAACUAGUUCAUACUGGUGAAAAACCAUUUCAAUGUCAGAUAUGUCUGAAAGGAUUUUCUACCUCUACUCAUUUUAAAGAACACCAACAUGUUCAUAGUGGUAAAAAACCAUUUAAAUGUCAAAUAUGUCAAAAAGGAUUUUCUUACUCUAGUAGUUUGAGAAAGCACCAACUAGUUCAUACUGGUGAAAAAUCAUUUAAAUGUCAAAUAUAUCAGAAAGCAUUUUCUAAGUCUAGUGAUUUUAAACAACACCAACUAGUUCAUACUGGUGAAAAACCAUUUAAAUGUCAAUUAUGUCAGAAAGGAUUUUCUUACGCUAGUAAUUUGAAACAACACCAAUUUGUUCAUACUGGUGAAAAACCAUUUAAAUGUCAAUUAUGUCAGAAAGGAUUUUCUCGGUCUGAUCAUUUGAAACAACACUAUCUUGUUCAUACUGGUGAAAAAUCAUCUAUUGUAGACCCCCCUGCCUUUUUUUCUGGUAGUUAGUAGACCCAUUGGUUAACUUACAAUUAUUUUCAAAUUCAUCAUUUUUUUUAAAAAGUAAUUUCUUACUGUAGUGAGCUGAGAAGUGAAAAAGUAAUUUAAAGCUGUAUAUUAAGUUAUAGAGAUCUAUCUUUUUUAUUGACGAAAUUUAAACCAAUUAAAAUAACAAAUAAUUAAUUAAUUAAUAUGCUGGAAUCACCUAACACACUAGAAAUGUUGAUUGUUCUUCGCAGGUUUAUCAUCCAUUGCAAAUGAUUCCAAUAGGAAUUUGUUCUUUGAAGUAGUCCUUCAAACAUUAAAUAUGUAUUAAUUUGCCAAAUGUGUAUCAUUGUUAAAGCUUAUGCAAAGAGCUGUUUCUCCUAUAUUUGUUGAUGUUUCAUGUGUGGCUCAAAUAUUGAGUCCGAAGAACUGUUUUCAUUAACGGCAAAUCAUUAACGGCAGAAGGGGCGAAUGUGAGUUCUAAACCAGGAAGCUUGCUAUCCACUUAGCAAAAUGAAAACUGAAUUCAAAACUCUGCUGCAUUGCAACUAUCCCCAAACAUGGUAAUGGUUUCGUGUGUCACCCCUGAGGAAAAAUAAGGAGUUAGCAACCCAUAGGCAGAUUGUAGCAGACAGCGCUACACCCUGUCAGAGCCUCUGACGCAGCUUAUUUUAAACUGUAUCUAUUUUGUUUUCAAAAACAAUAAAUAAGAAGCUCUUUAUUUUACGACACAUGCCACCAAUGUGCCCCUGAACCGUAUUGUUGCUCAAAGAAAUUCUUUCAAUAAUAUUAAAUGUAGGUCUGUGUAAAACAGUUUUUAAAACAACAAUGGCUUGUAAAAUCAAAAGUUUUAGGUACCAGAGAUAUUGUAAGACUCUUACAAACAAUCAUCUUGUCUAUAUGAUGUCGAAGAGAGAUUUUUUGGGUCUGUUCUCUUUCAUUGAGUGUUUGAACGUUUUUCAAAUGUUAUCUAUUUUGUCAUGGUGGCAUUGUCUCAGAUGGUCUGCCAACGUAACUUGUUUUAUCUCGUCAUAAAUAGACAUUUAGGCAACUGAUUGUUUGACAAUGAAGGAAUGAAGCCUUAUUUUAAAUAAUUAACGCUGCGUACAGUCAUACCUUCAUUUUGUUAAACAUUAGUUACAUGCAGACGAUAUUAAUCUAAAUAAGUAUUGGAAUUAAAUACUAUAAUUUUUCGUUUGAAUAGCGUCACAGUCUCGCUUGACAUUGCCUGUUAUAUGCUCACCUUUGGUCAAGAAGAGGAAAGGCACGUGAAUCAUCUGAUAUAGAAAGAGGAAGUAAGUAUGACUAAAUGGACUUUUAGUCACUUGUAGCUUUUCGGUCAGUUGAGAGAGUCACUCAUUGGAUCUGAGUCGGUACACAUAUUUCUAGUAGUUGUUGGUUUUUAGCGUCUCCCGAAAGGGGAAAAGACGCUAUUAGUUUUGUGCGAAAUGUCUGUCCUUCCGUCCCGUUUAGAUCUCGUAAACUAAAAGAGAUAUUGAAAAUCCGACAUCACAAUAUUUUAGACCAUUCAAAGUUCUGAUGCAACGGCUACUUUUUUUUUUUUUCUGAAAGCGAAAAAUCUAAGUUUUAAAAUCAGUUAUGCAAGCAGUUUUUUUUUAAAGAGAAAAAGCUAAUUAGUAUGCAUUAUAAUUUAGACCUAAUUUAAAACGAAUAGGAAUCUUGUAAACUUCAUUUUCCUAAAUAUUUUUAUAUUGCGGAAUUUUUUUUUUUUAUUUUUUUUUUGAAGAUUCGAAUAAGAGAUUAAGCCUAUUCAAAACAAUUAGAUCAAUUAUAAGACAUCAGUUAGGCUAGGGGAGUUGCGGUGGCUGAGCGGUAAAGCGCUUGGCUUCCGAACCGGGGGUCCCGGGUUCGAAUCCUGGUGAAGACUGGGAUUUUCAACUUUGGAAUCUUUGGGCGCCUCUGAGUCCACUCAGCUCUAAUGGGUACCUGACAUUAGUUGGGGAAAAGUAAAGGCGGUUGGUCGUUGUGCUGGCUACAUGACACCCUCAUUAACCGUAGGCCACAAAAACAGAUGAACUUUACAUCAUCUGCCCUAUAGACCACAAGGUCUGAAAGGGGAACUAGUUAGGCCAGGUUCACAUAUAACUUUACAUUCACUUUCACCUAUCCUUUGAUCUGCGGGACCGUUGGGGCACUACACAAGAUCUGUUAACCAUUUUUUCUCCAUUCUUAUCUCUCAUAUGUCUUUGAUAUAAUUUCAUUUGGAUGUUCUUUCUGAAAAUAUUGAAGCCUGCCUGGGUGGACCACUUCGGGGGCCGAUUUUGAGUUUGUGUUUCCACACAAACUGUCUUUUGUAACCUUGUUUUUUUUUUUGUACUCAGAGAUGGAAGUUUAUUGAUAUGUGUACCCGAUGUGAGGCGGACUUUAUUUGUACUCUAGAGGACUUAGUGUAGUUGAUAUCUGAUACCGCUGUUAUGCGAAUAUAAUUAUAUUUCAAAUUGAAUUAUCUUUGUGUAACAACUAUAAAGUUGCAGUAUUAUUGAAUAAAUCUCAAAAUUGUCUACUAAAGUUGGACUCUGGUCAUUGCAUACUAUUCAUGUUUGUUACUUGUUGAGUGGACACAUGAACCCAGCAUUCUAAGGCAUACGCGACACAUUGAUAGUAAUGCCCGAUUCUACACCUGAGUGACCAGCAACACACAUAUACGUUACAAUAGCAAGAUAAAUAUUGAAAGAAUUAACUAAGAUACAAAUAAUAGUAUUGUCUGAAAGAAUGGGAAGUAAAAAGUAUAGUCGGUACCUGCUGGAAUGAAACCUAUUAUCGUAGACCCCCCCGUGGACAUUUCAUAGACACCCCUCCCCCAAUUUAUUUUUUUCACUUUCGUAAACUCCUUGGAAGUUCCUUAUAGACAACCAGGGGGUCUAUAUAGACCACUUUGGGAAUCACUGGUUUAAAUGUUAAAUAUGUCAGAAAGUAUUUUCUAUUCUAGUAAUUUGAACCAACACCAACUGAUUCAUAAAAUAUGUCAGAAAGGUUUUUUAUUCGACUAGUUAUUUGAAACAACACGAAGUUAAGUUAAAAAAAAAAAAGUAAAGUACAGUUUUCUUUCAUACCUUGUGGCCUUUAGGACAGAUCAUGUAAAGGUCAUCUGGUUCUGUUGCCUACUGUUUAUAAGGCUGUUAUGAGGCCAGCACAACGACCAACCGCCUUUAUACUUUUCCCCAACUAACGACGGGUGCCCAUUAUAGUUGGUGGACUCAGAUAUCCCGAAAUUAAAAAUACCUGUCUUCACCAGGAUUCGAACCAGGGACCCGUUUCAGAUGGCAAUCGCUCAGCCACCAUUCCUCCUAUUUCAAACAGCACCAGUUGAUUUAUUAUGAUGAAAGACCAUGUAAGCCCUAAAUGACACAUAUGUGGAAAAGGAAUUUCUGUCACUUCACGUUUGAAACACCACCACCUGGUUCAUUAUUUUCAAGACAUUUAAAGGGAUAAAGGAGUCUUCUAAUUGAUGUGGAAAAAAACAAAACACCAACACUUUUUUCAUAACUCUGAGAGACCAUUUAAAUAUCAAAGAAAAAUAUUUUCGCAUCAGUUACCUACUAGUACGCAUCUUGCGCAUUUUGUCGCAAAUGGACACGAAAAUACGCCCCUUUUCUCCCUCUUAAAAAAAAAAAAUUAUAGGCCUGGAAUUGGCUAUUUUUAUUAGAUCUACCACGAGAAAGUAUCACUUCGCGUACGAAGAUAUAAAUGUUUACCAGAUUUUAGUGAUUUAAAUAGAGCAGAGUUCCUUUCAGUGUGUCAUUUUUUAUGAAGUCUUUAAACUGAUUGAUUAAUAUUAUCAGUGUAAAUUUGCUACAUACAGAUAAUGAAAUUGAUGACAAAUAUACGUGAAUGUUUCUAUGGUACAAUUUGGUAGCCUGAGGAAUUACAGUUUAUAUCUUAUAUUUUUAUGUACACUGAAUAUGUCAAAAAUUAAGAGAGUUCAGACUUUGAGUUUAUCUAAUCAGGAUAUAGAGUUUAAAAAUUCAAUAAGAAACAAUAAAAUAGCAUUGAGCUGCUAGGCUAAGUAGAUCACUUUGUCUAGAAAUCUAACUAAAUCUAUGGAUUUUGUGUCUUUUUUUUUCCUACUAUUGGCUAGCUAUACACUUACAGAAGUCUCUAUAAAUAAUUAUAUGUGAGAAAUAUCUAAAAUAUAGUAUGUAACUUGUUCUUAUUGCUAUACUGGUGUCAUAUUUUUAGCUCAUUAAAGUUUAACUUAUUUUAGAGUUUUAGUAAACCAUUGUAUAUUAUUUUAUAUGUACAGCGAUAUAUUGUAAUAAAAUAUUAGUUAUAAUAAUUUAUUUUUGUGGUUCUAUAAAUUCUCCACAUUUUGACAUAUAUUGCAUGCAUGUUGUCAGGGUUCACUUUAGGCUUGGCUGGACUUGGUUCCUGUGGCUCGAUAGGGGCUUGAGAAUUGUUAUACAAUUAGGAACAAUUACUACUAAAUAUAUUUAACUGCAACUCCAGAAUAACACUAAAUUCAUGGAAUAAUAAUGAUACUUAGAAAUCAAAAGAGCACAAAUAAUGAGAGAAGAAAUAAAAAAGGGAUAUAACUCUUUCAUACUUAAAUAGUACAAAGAAAUAACACAAUCACUCUCACCAUACCUGCCCCUGACAUAUGUAUCAUUUAUAUUUCUUUUGUUACUAACUUUGAAAAUAUACAUUUUGAUAAAAUGCAACAUUCGGCGCAAAAAAAAAUAAAAUGAAAACAUUUAUUGACACGUUUGAAAACAAUUGAGCGUGUUCUCUAUCUGCACAUGAAUGAUUUUACUAAGGUUUCAUCUCCAGGAGUCUUAUAGUUUCGCUUGAAAUGUCCUUUAGGUUUGGAAGGCCAAAAAAGAAACUGAGAAAAACGAGUUUUUAAAAACGUGUAACUCUCUUAAUAUUUGAGCUCUAGGGCUGAACUCUUGUGAGCUGAAGGCUCCUAGGUACAGUGCGCGUAGUAUGUCAUCUCUGGCGUCCCACUUUGUGUUUGCUAUUUUUCUGAGUAGCACUAACUUUUUCUUUCAACGUCUGGAGGUGGUGAUGCAUUUAUAAUUUUCUAUCUAGGGUGACACCUUGAUAAUUGGGCGUAUUUUCACGUUGGAGUCGCAGCCCACCGAGUUGGAGCUCGAAUGGGACUUUAAUAAUGUCGAUUCCUGGGCUGAACAGGGAAUAGGUCGUCUGGGAAACUUUGAUCUGAAUCUUUCAUUUUGCGUAGGGUAGAGAGAUGGUAUGGAGGUCUGCUCGUAGUGCUGCCUGCAGUUGGUCAGUUUUCUUCCCGAUUGACCGAAGGAUAAUGU